AUGACUGGGACCAGCAGCAGCACGCGCAGCACCAUCAGUGCCACCACCAGCACCACUGUGACUAGCACCACUGGCACCAGCAGCAACACUGUCAGCAGCACCAGUGCCACCAGCAGCACUACUGUGACCAGCACGAGCGCAACCAGCAGCACCACAGUGAGCCCCACGACCGGGACCAGCAGCACCACACGUAGCAGUACCAGCGCAACCAGCAGCACUACUGUGACCAGCACGACAGGGACCAGCAGCACCACUGUCAGCAGCACCAGUGCAACCAGCAGCACCACUGUGACCAGCACGACUGGCACCAGCAGCGCCACUGUCAUCAGCACCAGUGCCACCAGCAGCACAACUGUGACCAGCACGAGCGCAACCAGCAGCACCACUGUGACCAGCAUGACUGGGACCAGCAGCAGCACGCGCAGCACCAUCAGCGCCACCAGCAGCACCACUGUGACCAGCACGUGCCACCAGCAGCACCACUGUGACCAGCACGAGCGGAACCAGCAGCACCACUGUGACGACAGGCAGCUCGAUUUCGGGGACGUCCACGACCACCGCCACUUCCACGUCGACGCGUACCUCGGCCUCUGGUACAUCCACCAUAACGGCGACAGUCUCCAGGACAUCCACAACUACUGCUACUGA